AUGAAGAACUUCACCGUUGACGUGUAUGACGACUCGGACUAUCUGGAUACUAGCUACUACCUGGCGCCGGAUGGCCUAUGGAUAUGGCAUGCUACUGAAGAAGAUAUCGAAGAGUCAUUGGUCAACGACGAAGACGCCGCCAUACUUACGAUCGCCAUGCCUAUCGUGUUCAUUAUUGGUUGCCUGGGCAACAUAUUCACAAUAUUUGUGAUUCUGAGAAUCUCCGAGAUGCGAACAGUGACAAACUAUUUUCUGGUCAACCUCGCUAUCGCCGAUCUUAUCUUUCUUAUCAUGGUUGUCCCGCCAAAGUUCAUGAUGUACAUCUUGGCCACGGUGCAUUUAGAAGGCAACUGGACGAUAGGCGGCGCAGUCGGUUGCAAGAUAUUGUCGUAUGCUCCGAGAGUCGCGCAAAGUGUCUCGUGUUUCAUAAUCCUGAUUCUCACCAUGGAGCGAUACUUCGCAAUAUGCUGGCCGUUGAAGUUCCGUGGGGCUCGGACAAAAAAGAAAGCCAUUUGUGUCAGUGGACUGACGUGGUUAGCAGCUGGCACGUUUGGGAUCCCUCACGCUUAUUUCCCGCGGUUUGUGCAAGCCCAUAUUGUGUGGCCGCCGUCGUACAACGAAACGGACGUCCCCGAUGUGAUAUCGCGCUGUUCGCCAUGCGAUGUGACAAGUAACUGUGGGUAUUAUAACACAUACGGAAAAAUAGACGAGGUGAUCUUCCUCUGUAUUGUGCCUGUCCUAGUAAUACUGUACAUACUGAUGCUUCUGCGACUGCGCAGAGCUAACAAAUUCGGACGAGCAGCCCGCGUUCGUGGGGCCAACUCUAUGAGAGCCAAGACGCAGCUAAUACGCAUGCUCGGAAUGACUGUGACUCUGUAUUUGAUAUGUGUCGGCCCUUUUCGAACACUGGCCCUGUUAACGGCGUAUGAAUUUCCAAUGAAGGACCCAGACACCGCUGCCCUGGCAGUAAACGUGGCGAGGGUGCUUCUCUAUGUUAACUCUGCCACAAAUCCAAUCAUUUACAAUGUAUUCAAUAAAAAAUUCAGGUCCGCCUUUUUCAAAGUUCUAAUCUGCCAGGGAAACAAGGUCAACCCAGAAAACGAAAGUUCCAGCGACAACGUCGCAUUAACAAACACCGACGACGGCUACAGGAAGAGACCAUGGUCGCUGAGACGGUCACGUAAACGCGGUUCGUCUCGUCGUAAAAUCAACGGCAACGGGUCUUCACUGUCUUCACGCAAGCUUGUUGCCAACGAUUCGUCCCGUCGCGGUAGAACCGUAACAAACGGGUCGUGUCGUCGCUGA